GUUUUUUUUUUUAACCUGUCUCCUCCCCUUCAUCUAACCUUGAUUCCCCUGCUAAGUCUAUGUCAUAGAAAGACCAGCUGUUUCUAAUGUUACAUACACUCACUGUAUAUGCUUAUGCUACACUUGAAGAGUGCGGUAUCAAUGAAUCCACUCAUUGUGUAGGCCCACCCUCUUCUAAAUCGCUGUAACAAUGAGAAGGAAAUGCCAGAGGCACGUUUUGUUUGCAUCACUGACCACACAACCAGUCACCUAUAAUCAACAUAGUCUAGAAAGAGAAGGUCUUUGUUUUGUACACCUCUUGAAUGAACAGUCACAUCUUGGGAGUAUUUGUCUUCUAAGUCGGUGGGUUGUUUGUCGACUGAUAUUAUAAUGAGUCAUUUGUCAACUGUAAACCUUUUUGUUUAAAUGCUCAUCUGAUUCCUCAAUCUUAAAACAUUCCCACGGUCAUGCACUGUUUCCUGCAGAGACACCUGACACAGCCCCCAUUCUAUCUCAUAGAAGUGGGUCUGUGUCUAUUGUCUCUGUGGUUCCAGCCAAUCAGCUAUAAGGACAGGUAUAAAACCUCUGAUGGGUCUUUUAACAAAGAGAUAGAGGACUCGUGUGAUGACUUCCACCCAUCAUGGAGCUCUCCCUGUGUUCUCUGUCAGUUCUGACGCUAGUGGCUGUUGUGUUCAUGGUACCAAUGAAAGACAGAAGUGAGGAUGUGUUAAGCUUUUUGAAUGGUGCCCUUGAUGUUGCUCCCGCUACUCAAAGCACCUCAGGAAAAAUCAAAGGUCCUGAAAACACCUUUGGUAAACCAGCUCCAACCCCUGCAAGACCAAGUCCUUUAAGACCAACAGAGAACUCUGCAGAAAUCUCAAAUGUUACGCAGACUGAAAACUCUGCUUGUUUAACAGAUGUUGUAGACUCAGAUGCCAGAUCCAAAGAGAAAUGCAACUCCGAUGAUCUUACAGAUGCAGAACGAUCUGAAAGUAACUCAGCAGAAAGCAGAGAGGAUUAUGAUGACUCUCUGGGAUCUAAUACAAAGAUUACACAAACUGUGACAGACGACAGUAGCAGCGACGAGACUGACAGUUCUCCUCCAAGUGAUGUGAGAAAAUACAAACAACCUCCAGGAAGGAGAACCAUAAACCCAGACCAUGUCGACAGCAUGCAGACAACCACCAGGCAGGAUCCAACCAAUGGGAGCGAGGAGCUGGAUAGAGAGACUCAGAGGGACCCCACAGUGGGGAGAGAGAGAACCAGCAGAGUGCUCAUUGAUCUCAACAGUGAAGAGGAUGUGAUGGUGGGCUGUCAGGGUACUGUCUGUAUGCCCGGAGAGCAGGGGACUACAGUCAAUGGAGGUGAAAAUGAUGAGAAUACAAGUCUAAACAGUAGAGAUAGAGAUAUCCAAAGCCAAGAGGUCACAGGCACAGCCACGGAGCAGGCCCUACGUAGGGGUAGUUGUAGGGGUGUAGUGAAUGGAGUGUUGGACACAGCCAGAGAACAGCAGGACUUGGACAGUAUGGAGCAUGUCAAUGGUAGACCCAAUGGUACUGAUGAAGCCAAGAGUAGAGGUUCAUCUGGCUUCUAUUCUACCAUGAUUCCAAACUACGGCUUUACAAAAAUGAAGAUCCACAGCAGAAUUCUUUAACUACUGAACCUAUAUUAUUGAAAAAUAUCUGAAUGAUUGCUUUCUAUC